GCGCGCUGCAACAUUUGUGAACAUUUUGUAUACUGUAUUCGUCGUUUUGUGUGUUUCCGAGCAUUGAAUGAUGGAAGAAGAAGUAAAGGCCGAGUCAAAGCCCGCCUCCGUGUUUGUUCCUAGUGCAAACGAAGGCGAGGGCAGUGCCGUUUCAGUCGACGAUAGCAUACUCACAGCCACCAAACCACCGAAGAAAGGAGCCGUCAAAGCCUCUGGUACCUGUGUUCCUGAUGCUUUCUAUUGGAGCGUUGAUGAGGUGUCCAGCUGGGUUGAAGAUAUUGGCUUUUGGCAGUACAAGGGUUGUUUCACUGAGAAUUUUGUAGACGGCAGAAAACUAAUUCUCAUGGACGCCAAUUCUCUACCAAGAAUUGGAAUACAAGACUUUGAUCAUAUCAAGACGAUUUGCAGCGCUAUCAGAGACGUCCUGGGAAUUGAAGGACCAGACUCCAAACGAACCAUCUAUCUGCCACCUAGGGACCAUUUAGCCACCUUCCUCGAAACUAAAGCAGUUCUCGGCCCUCAUUCAGAUGCACUAGAGUUUGAACCAUUACCAGUAUGAAGUAUUAGCUGACAGCCAUAUCGUGAUGAACUCAGGCAUUGACUUCAGAUUUCCUUCAAGUGGAGUGCAAACAAGACAAAGAAUUUAUGAAAGUUUUGUAAAUAGUACAUUGUUGAUGUAAAUAAUAACGAAAUUUUAUACUUGUACAGAAUUGGAGAAAA